AUGAGUUGCUACAUAUCAAACCUCCCAAACAACAUCUUAGAAGAGAUCUUCUGGAAACUCCCCAUCACAACUCUUAUCCAAUGCAGAUUCGUCUGCAAAUCAUGGAAACUUGUUCUUGGAAACCCUAACUUCACCAAACUUCAACAACAACUCACUGACACGGUACUUUUUGUGCAAGAGAUCUGUAAAUCCAACAGGCAUGGAAGCAGAGAAGAGUACAAGAGAAACAUCCAUUGGCUUGAAUUUGAAGGGAAGUCUGCAAACUGCAAUAUUGUCCCAAAUAGUUCAGACUCGUUCCGAUCCCGGCUCAUCAACUCAUGCAAUGGCUUGGUUUGUCUACUCGUACUUCCUUCACGUCAUAUCUUUCCUAGGAGUGCUUUUAUGAGCAUAGCAAACCCCGUUACAGGUGAAUCCAUGCAGCUUCCUCCAUUAAAUACGGGACGGUGUUUAUACUCGUAUAUAUGCGGAUUAGGGUUUAGUCCCAAGACUAACCAAUUCAAGGCUGUUAGAAUUUUCCCUGACGGACUAGAUUUUCAAGCUGAAGUAUGCACAAUUGGCAGUAGCUACUGGAGAAGUAUUGAGGUGGCCCUCCCGCGAUAUGAUUAUUUUACAGAAGAAAAUCGGGAGUUACGUGUUAAAAGCGUAGUAUUUGCUAAUGGAUCUCUUCAUUGGCUUAUCAAAAGAGUAGAAUUGCGUAGUGUUGAAUUUUGUGUUUUCGAUUUCGAUACUGAGCAAUUUAGACAAAUGGCAGGGCCUCCACCUCUUCAAGAAGGGUUUGAAAAUCGGUAUAGAGUAGGUACAUGCACUUACAAAGACACCCUCUGUGUCUGGAAGAGUAGAAAUUUCCUGGAGGUAUGGCAGAUGAAAGAAUAUGGUGUUCCUGAAUCUUGGACUAUAAUACUUGUCAUUAAAGAAAGAUUACAUAGCUUGGAACCCUUUGUCUCCUUAAAGAAUGGGGAUAUUGUGGUAUUGGGAUGGCUGGGCUUGUAUUUGUAUGAUACUGAAAAGGAAACGUUUACAAUGCUGGACAGUCCUGAGAAUCCAUUUGAAAACGAGCCUAUAAGAAUCAAGACUUCAAUAGUCGAAGGGGCAAUUGGUUAUGAUCCAGCUAUAGAAUACGAAAAUAGAUGGUUCGUUCACAAACCGAGCUUUGUUUCGCUCAAAGAUAUGGUGUCACAAGACAACUGA